AGGAGAUAACCACCCCCCCACCCCCCCUCUCCAACCCCCCCACGCCGGUUCUUAUCGCGAGCGACCGUCCAGCCGCCCUCACACAAAUGCCAAAGAAUUCCAGUUUCUGCAUUCUCAAAGUGGAACCACACCCAGGGACAUGCGCCCUGGUUCUCCACCCCGUCUCCACGCCGUCUGGUGAGCUGCGCCCCCCCCCCCCCUCUGGUUCUGUGGCUGGAGGCGUUGAGAUGGCGCCAAGCGGCUUGGGUUCAAGCAGGUUCCUGCGGAGAACCACGUCAGGUAUGCGAGGUCCAUGCCAGCUUCCAGAGGUGCUCGAUGUCCUCCACCUCCUAGACGUGCAGCUUCCAACAUGCUCUGCAGGCCUGGGCUCUCCCCUCACCCCUCGGCCUCCAGAGAUUUACAACUUAACAGGAAGUGGAUUUUUUUUAUUUUGACUUAUCUAUCACACAAUUUUGGCAAUGAUAAUUUAAUGCCAAUUUUACAUAUUUGAAUAUUUUUCUUAGGAGGCUACCAUAAUAAUAAUUAUCACUGAUAUAAAUGUCCAACCUUUAGUAAAACUGCCAAUAUUGGUUGGGAUCCAAACACGGAGGUCAAAGGUCACCGCCACCUCAUGAAACACGCGUUCGGCCAUAAGCCGAGAACUCGUAUUCUAAUUCUGACACUUUUACACAAAUGUCUGAUCGGAUCAAAUGAUUAAUUGAUUUCUCUUUGGAAAGAUAAAGAUGUAAACUGCACUGGGAGGCGUGCGAGCUGCCCAGGCGGAUGCUUCUAGUUUCAGAUGCACUCAGGCUGGUUAUUUCUUGGCCUUCCUGUCACUUAAAGCCAUUAGUUGCAAUGAGCAAUGCUUCACUUGAAGGCAACGACCACAUCGGCCACAGCUUCAGCUUCCGUCCACUUGAAAGUAUGAAAAGCAGUAAAGCGGAGCUGUGGAGGAACUCGGGGAACGCCUGAAGGAGAAUAAUGUCGCAUGCCGAGAUUAACAAAGCGGAUCAAUCGGCGCCGUCUCACCGCCGCUGACUGCCCGGUGAUUGAGUAUUGAUCGCUCACCGGCUGCUCUUUGUGGGCGGAGCCCGUAUUCGGUUUUAAGACGACAGCGCAGACCUGUGGCGUUUCCCCAAUUUAAUGCGUUGAAGUCUAGAGGAAGAGAGCCACUGAAUAGAGUGCAACGUUUAUUAUUGUUCUGCUUUUGUGGUACGCGAGGACCUUUUUUAAUACGUUUUUGCAUGUCGACUCCAAAUGAAAGAUAAUGUUGUUAAAGUGAGCCAGUUUUAUCAUAAUAAUUUCCUAAUGAUGGAUUAUUCUGAGCAGCUGGGACAUGCAGUUAUUUCCCAUAUGACCACAGACUGGUUUAGGGUAAACGGAUGAGGUUAUUUAAUAAAAGCCAUUAAGUUUUAAAAGCCAUUAGUCAUAAUCCUGACUGUUUGUUCUAUAUUGUUGAGCACAAUCAGUACAAAGCGUGUACAAAAGUACACGCUUCAUUCUGCAGCCUGAGAUAUGUACACAAUGUCUCUGCUCAUCCGGUCACGUGUCUGGAUUAAACGUGUCGUGUUUCACGUCACGCAUUAACGCCCAGACACACACACACACACACACACACACCUUUAAAUUUAGAUUACUUUGAGUGUGAGUGAACGAGUCGCGCCAAAGAGAGAGGUGACCUUUAGCGUGCCCAGUCGGAGUGACAAGUAUUUGUUGAUAAUUACAAAUUCCAUUCUAUUUAAAGUGUGUGUGUGUGUGUGUGUGUGUGUGUGUGUGUGUGUGUGUGUGUGUUGGGAUUAUUGCCAGCUGAUGCUUUGGUUUUAGAGGUACACGUCCAUGAUUCAGAGAACAAAACAACAGGAUUACGUUCCAGGUUCAACCUUGUUGUGUCCGACUAAAGAGAAUAAAAAGCCCACCUGAGUGAGACCAGCUGUAAUGGCUGAAGUGGGACCUUCCGCCUCCUUUUUGGGGGAUACCGUCGACAUUCGUCGGGCGACUCCCGGCUCAGACGUCACAGUCUCUCUCUCUCUCUCUCUCUCUCUCUCUCUCCCUCUCUCCGAGGUUAUUCGCACCGUCCCGCUAUUGGACCCACAUUCCCCCACGCGGUAACUCGCUCUCAUGCUCUUCAGUGUCAAGUAGGCCUCAGAAAUAUCUCUGUGGUAGUUGUAAUGUACACAGGUGCAUGAGGAUGAUGAUGAUGAUGAUGAUGUCAGGCCAGACUUUUAAGUCACGAGGAAGCGACCGCAGAUAAGUGGUCAAAACACUUGAUGUUGAACUUUGUCCAGAGACCUGAUGUGACCUCAGCGGUGGACACUUGUCUGCAUGCGGCCUCUUUUAUCUGCCGUCGCACAACAGAGCACUCGGCAGUGUGUGUGUGUGUGUGUGUGUGUGUGUGUGUGUGUGCGUGUGUGUGCAGAGGACACACCUCGACACACUGUGUUUUUAUAGCCUGUUUGCAUACAGUAUUUGUAAAUGACUGAAGGUGAACAGAGCAGCCGGUUGUGCUUCAUCGGUUGUGUUCUCGGCCGUGAACUGGACCUUGAGCCCGGCUAUUGUUUCCUGUGGUCGCGGCGUUGGGACCGCGAGGGCCCGGCGGCGGUGAGACGGACCACAAACACCACCCGAGGGUGUCACACGCUGACAUCUGGCAUUCAUUCUUCGAGGGAGGUGUGAGAGCCGAUGUUUUGGCGCUCUCCCCCCCCCCCCCACCACCCAUUGGCUGCUGUUCCCCCAGAGGGCGGAGCUAAAUAUGGGGUAAGAGCGCUGAGAGGAGACACCGAGACGACACGGAGCCUGAGGAGGCCGUCUAACCCGUACAGGUGGUGACGGUGCAGCGCGCGGCGGCGGCCAUGGCGCGGAGGAGGCUGAAGCUCGUCGUGAUGGUGAUCGUGAUGGUCAACUUCUUCAUCUUCAUCAUCAUCUCCCGACACAGCAGCCAGGACAAGAACGGCCUUCACAAGGUCCGCAUCCCCUCCAAACCGUUCUGGUCCAAGCUGGUGCCCAAUGUGGCCUACUGCAACCGCCAGCAGCAGAUUCUGGACCUCCAGAACAAUCACGUCCUGGCGGCUAACUUCAGCGCCGCGGACCUGCCCGAUUGGCUUAACGAGACCCAUUCGACCUCCGACCCCUGCCAGCCUAACUUCAGGGUUACCACUCAGGUGAAAGACUACAACUCUCUACCGGUCCGCUUCAAGGACUUCCUGAUUUCCAUGCACUGCCGGUCGUACCCGGUCAUAGUGGACCAGCCCGACAUCUGUAAAGAACCGCCGUUCCUCCUCCUGGCCGUCAAGUCCCUGGCGCCGCACUUCGACCGGCGCCAGGCCAUCCGCCAGUCCUGGGGACGGGCGGGCGCCAUAGCCAAUCGGACGGUGGUCACCGUCUUCCUCCUCGGCAACGCCACGUCCGGGGACCACCACCCGAACCUGUCCGGGAUGCUGCGCUACGAGAGCGUCCGCCACAGAGACAUCAUCCAGUGGGAUUACCGGGACUCCUUCUUCAACCUGACCGUCAAGGAGGUCCUGUUCCUGGAGUGGAUCCAGACCCGCUGCCCCGGAGCCCGCUUCAUCUUCAAGGGCGACGACGACGUCUUCGUCAACACCCACCGCAUCCUGGACUUCCUGGGGGGCCUCUCGGAGCCCAAAGCCAGGGACCUGUUUGUGGGCGACGUGAUCACCAACGCCGGGCCGCACCGGGACAAGAAGGUGAAGUACUUCAUCCCGGAGAGCAUGUACACCGGGGCGUACCCGCCGUACGCGGGCGGGGGCGGGUACCUCUACUCUGGCGACAUCGCCGCGCGCCUGCACAGCGUGUCGCGGCACGUGGCGCUCUACCCGAUAGACGACGUGUACACGGGGAUGUGCCUCAGGAAGCUGGGGCUGGCCCCCGAGAAGCACAAGGGCUUCAGGACCUUUGACAUCGAGGAGAAGUACCGGUCCAACCCCUGCGCCUACAAGAGCUUGAUGCUCGUCCACCCGAGGACGCCGCAGGAGAUGAUCCAGAUCUGGGCGUGGCUCAGCAGCCCCGGUCUGAGGUGCUAGUCGACGGAUGUUUGUUUUUUCCCCAAACUUUUUGGUUUUUCAUCGUGACGUUACGAAGUUGGCAGCUUUAAGUUAAGAUGUUGUUACGACGGUUUCAAACGAGACCACCAAAGUAUUUCUGACUCCCUCGCGUCAGACGAGCUUCACCGCGCUUCACUGCCGCCGAGCUUCACGCCGCCGUGGCCGCGUCCUUUCUCUGCGUGCACAUAUUUAUCCCAACUAUUUAUAUGGCCUUCGUAAACACUGUCUGUGUGUGUGUGUGUGUGUGUGUGUGUGUGUGUGUGAGAGAGAGAGUCUCAAUGCUGUAUUAUUAUAGAAUAAAGAGACUAAGAACUGCGACGCGUCCCCCUGAAGACGAGCGAGCGAGCUUCACACCAAACGGGGCUCGGCUCGCUCUCUUUCACGUCCCGGGUUGAGAGUUGCUGGAGUCUCAGGUGGUGCUGCUCGUCCACACUCCACCCAAAAAGUAUUUACUUGUUUCUCGCUCUCGAACUCGACCGGUUUCUCCUCACGAAGAGCCUCGUUUUCUUUGUUUUCUUUGUUUGUUUUGUUUUGUUUGUUUUUUCUCUGCACACUUUGCCUUCAGGAAAAGGAAAACCCAGGAAUGUGGGUCCGGCUCGGCAGGUCUGGGCUCGGUUUUCACGGACGAUCCAAAUGCUGUCUGCUUCAGGUUCCUCGCUUUUACACACACACACACACACACCUCUGUUCCAAAACGUCACGCGUCUGUUCGUGGAGUUAAAAACGAUCCGUUGACGAAGCUUUAGGAUGUUUUUUUGGAACGAGAGUCUUUGUCGUGUUUUUGAAGGUCGCUGCUCGGCUCACUACUGUUUGGCUUUCAUGUCUUUUUUACUUUGCGAGAGAGAGAGAGAGAGAGAGAAUCUUUCUGUGAGGGUCUGUGUUACAUGAAUGUAUAACUUUGUGUGUUUUUUGGGGUCGGACCGGUGGUUCGAUCCUCAGUAUUGACACUCAGAAUGUCCACACAAGAAGUCCGUCAGACCCCCGAGGCCGGUCGUGACGCUUCCGCUCGGUUAGAGCUCCCCCUGCUGGUUGGGGGAUGCUGACCUUUAACCACGCCCCCCCCCCCCCCC